AUUGCUCGCCCACCUGGAAAGGUUACUUUGUAUAGACGCCGGUGUUGCUGCCCAUCGUAAAGUGCUUGGGUCUACAAGAACACAGUAUUACAAGUACAGAUCUCUUGGGGGACGUGGCGGGAGUCAGUGUCAUCAAGGCCGAGGGCAGUCUGCGUUCUGGCUCAGGGACAGUCAGGGCCCAAAGGCUCAUGGGCCAGGGAGCUUGAGCAGGAGUUUCUUGCUGCCUGUUACCUUUGAGGAUGGCCAGUGUGGUGAGCCCAGGAACUUGUAGCAGCUGAGCUUGAGUUCAGGCCUUCAGUCGGCUUAUCAACAGGUGUUUAUUAAGUGUCUGCUGUGGUGGGCCCUGCGGAGACAAAGAAGUGAAAAGGAGCCUCGCUUUUGAGAGAUUGCACUCUCUCUGGGAAGAUGUGGAGCCGCUAGAUCAUUCCUGAAUGCUAGUGAUGGUGAAGCUGGGAAGAGGUUCCUUUAAACCACCACCAGGAUGAAUCAUCUGCCAGAUGAUCUGGAAAAUGCCCUCAGCGGAAGUCAGGGCUCCCAUGCUUCUCUGCUCAACGUCCACUCCAUCAACCCCACCCAGCUGUUGGCCAGGAUCGAGUCCUACGAAGGGCGGGAGAAGAAAGGCAUCUCUGACGUCAGAAGGACUUUCUGUUUGUUUGUCACCUUUGACCUCUUGUUUGUUACUCUGCUGUGGAUAAUAGAGUUAAAUGUGAACGGCGGCAUUGAGAACACCCUGGAGAAGGAGGUGUUGCAAUAUGACUACUAUUCGUCUUACUUUGACAUAUUUCUCCUGGCCGUUUUUCGGUUCAAAGUGUUAAUCCUCGCAUAUGCCGUGUGCAGGCUUCGCCACUGGUGGGCGGUAGCGUUGACAACAGCUGUGACGAGUGCCUUCUUAUUAGUCAAAGUCAUCCUGUCCAAGCUCUUCUCUCAGGGGGCUUUUGGAUAUGUGCUGCCCAUCAUUUCAUUCAUCCUGGCGUGGAUCGAAACCUGGUUCCUGGAUUUCAAAGUGUUGCCUCAAGAAGCAGAGGAAGACAACAGACUUCUGCUGGUUCAGGACGCUUCAGAGAGGGCGGCCCUCAUCCAGCCGCCUGGGGGUCUCUCGGAUGGGCAGUUUUAUUCUCCGCCUGAGUCGGAAGCAGGUUCUGAUGAAGACCCUGAAGGAAAGCAGGAUAGUGAAAAGCCAGUCCUGUAGCUGCGAAAGUUGUUUUGAUGGAAACCGUCCCAUCUGUGAAUCCUCUGUGUCCAUCCGCAUUUGGAGUGUGAAAGCCCCCAGCAUAGCCGGGCUCUCCCUGGGAAGCCGUGUCCACCUGCUAAUCAAGGAUUUAUUUAUUGUGAUACCUCACAGAAGAUUGUCCCCCCCCUCCCACACACACACGUGUAUGUUUGCCCGCCUGGGGCUGGUGAGACAAUGGCGCAGAACGGCCCGUGCUGUCGUCUGCUAUUGAAACCAUCUCCUCAUGCGUAGGGAGUUCUGGGAAAGUCUUGUGCUGUAUUCCUAAUCAAUAGAUGCCAUAGUAUAGCAACCUAACACAUCUUCUGUAACACAAAAGUCCAUGGAUUUUUUUUCUGACUCACAAAAUGGAAUUGUUUUAUUUAUCUCAUAGAUUUAUUUUAUAUUUCUUUUUUAAAAAAUAACAUGUCCUUGUAUGUUUUUUAAUUCAUGCACAUGAGCUCUUUGUACAGUUUAAAAAUGUUAAUAAAAGGCAACAUCCCAACUUUGGCUCUGA